GUCACCAAGAGAUGCCUUCAAAAUGGUUAAUUCUAAUAAAAUUAUCAAGAAUGAAUUUAACAGAGUUGUUGAGGGGAUUAGAACUGAGAAAUUUGUAGAUAUGGUCAGGAACACUUCUGUGCCAAGCCUCCGACUCAAACUUCAUAAGAAUACUCCCAAACCUAUACAGACUCUGAAGGAUUUGAGGUUAAUCAAUACUGCAAGAAAGAGUUACAGGAAACAGCCUAAAAUUAGAAUCAGACAGCUCCCUGAAUAUGAAGGAAAACGGAAGACAGCAAAAAUGGAUCCAAAUGCUUUACGAGCAGGAAUAGCUAGGUUUAUCCUGAGAAGUGUAAAAAAGUCACUUCCGAAUUCUAUCCCAGAUAAUCCUUUUACGAAGAUUAUCCAGAUGCCUCAAAUGAUGGGUUUUGACAGCAGAUCGAUAAGUAAUCAAUUUUCGAAAGAGCCACCUUUAUUCUACUGGAAGACUAAAGAUAUUUCUUCAUGGUCCCCAAAUAGUAGAGAGCAAGCCGCUUGAGUAUUCUGAGAAGAAUGCAUUGUUCUUAUUGGUGGUCUAAAUUCAUAUAUGUUACAGGAUAUAAAUGUGUUUAAUAUUCAAAAGGGAAAGUGGUUCCCUCUCAAAUUUGAUAAACAGGAUACACAGCCAGAACCUCGUCAUGGUCAUACAGCUGUUGUUUAUAAGUCUAACAUUUAUGUCUAUGGCGGAUAUAGAAGAUACAUCGAAAGCAUCAAGAUCAGAGAGACUUAUGGAGACCUUUAUGUUUUCAAUACAAAUUACCUAAGAUGGGAUAAAAUCAACUCUAAUGGAGAAAUGACAUAUAGAAGAAACCACAUCUGCGAAGUUGUAGGGAACUAUAUGUUAGUACAUGGAGGGCUUAAUAACAAGUCCAAAGUUUUGGAUGAUAUCUAUGUUUUUAGCUUCAAAACCCAGUUCUGGCAAAGAAUCAAAAUUAAAAGUAAGCCAGAUGCUGUAUCUCAUCAUAAGAGUUGUCUUGUAAUGCACCCAUAUAUGUUGAAUAAGAACAACUUAGACUUGUUCAAAAGUCAUAUUCCAAUCAAAAAAUUAGAAAAUCCUACUAUUAAAGAAAUGGGAGUUUAUAUUUUUGGAGGAAAUAUUCCAUCAAAUGAUUUAUGGAUUCUGAAGGUUGGAAUCCCAAAGCCAUAUUGGAUCAAACCUGAAGUUCUCGGAAAGCCACCCUCUCCUCGCUAUGGGCACUCAAUGCAUUUUGUAGAAUUCAUGAACUCAGUUAUUGUGUUUGGAGGAAGAACACCAAAUGUGGGAGUAAGAGCAAAAGAAAAUAUUCUAAAUGAUAUGUACAUUCUCAAAGCGAAUACAUUUGAGUGGAUCAAAGUGAUCAUGAAAGGAGAGAUUCCCAACCCUGUAUAUUCACAUUGCUCUGUAAUUUUUCGAUCAGAAAUACUUAUUUUCGGUGGAAUAAAUGAUAAUAAGCUAAAUGAUAAUAAGAUAAAUGUCUGAGAACUUCACCAAGUUAGAGCAAGAGAGCUAGCUGAAAAUGAUGAAAUUUUCAGAGCCCACCAAGAAAGAAUGGAAAGAUUUGAAAAAGACCUUCUAGUUCCUCAAAAAGAUUCUCCUAGGUCACAUUGCUCUAUACUUCUAAAUGAUACAAAGUCUUCGAUUAGAAAAUCUAGCCAUAGUUAUAAAUCUCAACAAAAGCUUGUGAGUUUCAAGAAUGAAGGAGAACAAUACUGGAGGCAUAAAUUAAUAUCUGAACAUGUAGAAAAACUCGAGAAAAAAGAGUUUUCAUUUUUGCAAGAGGAUGAAUAA